AUGGAAAUUGAGGCCAUGAUUCCUCUGUUAUUUGGGUAUCUGCUGGCGUUAACAGCAACUGAAGUUGUAUCAUCUAGUUUAACAGUACCCACAAGCGACAAUGUUACACACAGUGAAAGUUUCUGUUCCGAAUCCAAAACGUCAAAGAUUAGUUUUGAUAUCAGCUUCGAUGCAGCCGCUUAUCUGCCCCAAAACUUAAGUGUGAUGGUUAUCUCCAGUAACCCGUAUAUACCGCAUGAGUUCCGUGCAUAUGUUGCAGAAAUUUCGCAUAACAAAGCAACGAUUACUAUUCAGAGAACCGACAAAAGUAACAUCGGUUGGGAACCAAUGUCUCUUACUAUGGUGUGGACUCGUUACAACGAUACAACAACUAACAACUGUAACGACGUAUACAAGUUGGGCUAUAGAAAAAGUGGUGUGUAUUCUGUAAGAGUGGACCAGGAUGACGGCACCAGUGUUUAUGUUAACGUCUACUGCGAUAUGCAGGAUGAAGGCGGUUGGACGGUGUUUCAGCGCAAAUCUGGUGAAGCCGUCGGUUUUAAUCGGAGCUGGACAGACUACAAAGUAGGAUUUGGAAGUUUUGAUCACAAUUUCUGGCUAGGUGAGUAUUAA